AUGACGAGGUUUACUGGAAAACCGUCUCUCUGGACAUCUCUCAGAACCCUUUGGAAACCCAUUAUCGUCGCGAGACAUCACCGAGUUAUUGGUAAAUCUCUUAAAGGAUUUCGGGUCAGCCGAAUCUCUGAAAGUCAAAUAGUCUUAUCUCAGCCAAGAGAUGUGCUAGAAGCAUUGCGUGUUGAGAACCACAAGCCAACUUCUUUUCUUGGACUCCUAGAAGUAAUGAAAGCAAAAGUAAACGAACUGCGAUCACAAGUAUGGAUGGCUGCUGCCCUCAGUGCAGGAGUUGCUGCCAUUCCCGUUCCCGGUUUAGCACUCGUAUGUGAUCAAACAAUACUCAUCAGGUGUGUUCUUCAUUACAAACAACAACUCGCUCUUGAUGAUAAAUCGUUGAAAAGUAUAGCAGCAUUGCACAGUAUUCCAUUGAAAGAGUUAGAAGAACAAAUUCAGACAAUAUUUUCAGUUUAUUUUUUUACUGAUCUGUCAAAAAUGGUGUUGUCGUUACUUGAAAGCCAAGCCGUAGGUAGUACAACCGAAGUAAUUUUACGAUUUAUUCCGUUCAUCGGACCAUUCGUAGCUGCAGGCAUAUCCUUUGGUGUUACUAUGUUUAUGCUCAAUAAAAUGUUGACCGAUAUGGAAAAGGCAGCUCUUUUAUUGAUUGAUGUGAUCAAAAAACGUUCCGUAAGUUCUGUAGAUGGUUGA